ACCAGAAUCUGUAGAAGCUAGCCCUGUGGUAGUUGAAAAAUCGAACAGUUAUCCACACCAGUUGUAUACCAGCAGCUCGCAUUCACACAGUUACAUUGGUUUGCCCUAUGCAGACCAUAACUAUGGUGCUCGGCCUCCUCCAACGCCUCCAGCUUCUCCUCCUCCAUCAGUGCUUAUAAGCAAGAAUGAAGUAGGCAUAUUUACCACUCCCAACUUUGAUGAAACCUCCAGUGCUACUACCAUCAGUACCUCAGAGGAUGGAAGCUAUGGAACUGAUAUUACCAGAUGCAUUUGUGGCUUUACGCAUGAUGAUGGAUAUAUGAUUUGUUGUGACAAAUGCAGUGUCUGGCAGCACAUUGACUGCAUGGGGAUUGACAGGCAGCAUAUCCCUGACAUAUACCUGUGUGAACGUUGUCAACCAAGGAGUUUAGAUAAAGAAAGGGCAGUGCUGAUGCAACGAAGGAAAAGGGAAAAUAUGUCAGAUGGGGAUACCAGCGCAACAGAGAGUGGUGAUGAGGUUCCUGUGGAACUGUAUACUGCUUUUCAACAUACACCAACUACAAUUACUUUAACUGCUACAAGAGUUACAAAAGUCAAUGAUAAAAAAAGGAAAAAAAGUGGAGAGAAAGAACAGAACAUAGCUAAAUGUAAAAAAGCAUUUCGAGAAGGAUCCAGGAAAUCUUCACGAGUGAAGGGCUCGGCUCCAGAGAUUGAUCCUACUGACAGCUCGAACUUUGGUUGGGAAACUAAAAUCAAGGCAUGGAUGGAUCGUUAUGAAGAAGCAAAUAAUAACCAGUACAGUGAGGGCGUCCAGAGGGAGGCACAAAAGAUAGCUCUGAGAUUAGGCAAUGGAAGUGACAAAAAAGAAGUCAGCACCAGCAAUCUGAUUUUCAAACCUCCGGUAGAGAGUUACGUGCAAAAAAACAAGAAAAUUUUAAAAGCUGCCAAAGACUUGCCUCCUGAUGCACUUAUUAUUGAAUACAGAGGAAAAUUCAUGCUGAGAGAACAAUUUGAAGCUAAUGGAUAUUUCUUUAAAAGACCAUACCCGUUUGUUUUGUUUUAUUCCAAAUUCCAUGGGCUAGAAAUGUGUGUUGAUGCAAGGACUUUUGGAAAUGAAGCUCGAUUCAUCAGGCGUUCGUGUACGCCAAACGCAGAGGUGAGGCAUGUAAUUGAAGAUGGAACAAUUCAUCUUUAUAUUUACUCCAUCCAUAACAUUCCAAAGGGAGCAGAGAUAACGAUAGCAUUUGAUUUUGAUUAUGGAAAUUGUAAAUACAAAGUGGAUUGUGCUUGCCUCAAAGAGAAUCCUGAAUGUCCAGUUCUCAGACGUUCUGAGCCUACAGAAAACAUCAAUACUGGAUAUGAAACGAGAAGGAAAAAGGGAAAAAAAGAAAAAGAUGUUUCAAGAGAAAAGGAGACUCAAAAUCAGAACAUCACAUUGGACUGUGAAGGAGGAGCCACCAAAAUGAAGAUCACAGAUAAUAAACAGAGGAAGCUCUCUCCCCUCAGGCUGUCCAUUUCUAAUAAUCAGGAGCCAGAUUUUAUUGAUGAUAUAGAAGAAAAAACUCCCAUUAGCAAUGAAGUAGAAAUGGAAUCAGAGGAGCAGAUUGCAGAAAGGAAAAGGAAGAUGACGAGAGAAGAACGGAAAAUGGAAGCUAUCCUGCAAGCUUUUGCCAGACUAGAAAAAAGAGAAAAAAGAAGAGAGCAAGCUUUGGAAAGAAUCAGCACAGCAAAAACUGAGGUUAAAUCAGAAUGCAAGGAAGCACAGAUUCUCAAUGAUGCUGAAUUUAUCCAGGAACCAGCAAAAGAAGAAACUGCCACCAAGCCUACCCCAGCCAAAGUUAAUAGAACUAAGCAGAGAAAAAGCUUCUCACGAAGUAGAACUCACAUUGGACAGCAGCGUAGACGACACAGAACUGUCAGCAUGUGUUCAGAUAUCCAGCCCUCUUCUCCUGACGUGGAAGUAACUUCACAACACAAUGAAACUGAGAAUGCUGCACUGGUAGCUGAGCCUGAAACGGAAACUGUCGUUACAGAAAUGGUUACUGAAACGGAAGCUCCAGCACUUAAUAAAUGCCCUACUAAGUAUCCUAAAACAAAGAAGCACUUGGUCAGUGAAUGGUUAAGUGAAAAGAGUGAUAAACCAGGGAAGCCUGCAGACAGUGUAUCAGAAAGGCCUCUGCGCAUAACUACCGACCCUGAAGUUCUGGCUACUCAGCUGAAUUCUUUACCAGGUCUCACUUACAGUCCACACGUGUAUUCAACUCCAAAGCACUAUAUUCGGUUUACUUCACCAUUCCUUUCAGAAAAGAGGAGGAAAAAAGAACCUGUGGAAAACAUUACUGGCUCCUGUAAGAAGCGUUGGUUGAAGCAGGCUUUGGAAGAAGAAAACUCGACAAUGAUGGAUAGUUUUAAUUCACCGUCGCAAGAGAGAUGUAGAAGUCCAGCCAUCAAUGGUGAAAACAAAAGCCCGUUGUUACUGAAUGACAGCUGUUCCUUAACAGACCUAACCACGCCGCUGAAGAAACGAAGGCUGUAUCAGCUGUUGGAGUCUGCGUUCUCAGAAACCUCCACACCUACUCCUUCUCCCUACGCCACACCGACCCAUGCUGACAUCACUGCCUCCGAGCCAUCGUUGUUUGCUACUCCUCCCAGGGUCAAAACAGAAGAUGAAGCUUGCAGAAAUGGUUACAAACCCAUCUAUUCACCAGUUACUCCUGUAACUCCAUGUAUACAUGGAAAUACCAUGCACUUUGAGAAUAUUUCCUCACCUGACAGUUCCCCAGAAAUAAAAAGGCGAGCUUACAGUCAAGAGGGAUAUGACAGAGCAUCGAUUCUAGCACUGAAUUCCUUCAGAAAUUCCAACCUGACGGAAAUGAGCCUACAAGAAAUAAAGACUAUUGGAUAUUCCAGUCCGAGGAAUAGGACUGAUGUGUCACGGCAGUGCACUGGAGAAAUGGAAUCUGUGUCAGACCUCCAGCUGGGACUCGAAGCAAUUGAGCAAAGUGCACUGCAUAAAAACCUGGAAGCCCCCACACAUGAUAGGACUGAUUCAAACAGCCAAUUAGAAACUGCUCACUGUGGACGGGGCACAAUUUAUUCUUCCUGGGUAAAAAGUCCCGACAGGACAGGUGUAAAUUUCUCAAUGAAUUCUAAUUUGAGGGACUUGACCCCUUCACAUCAGUUGGAGGUAGGAGGUGGAUUCAGAAUAAGCGAGUCAAAGUGCCUGAUUCAAGACGAUGCUAGAGGCAUGUUCAUGGAAGCAUCUGUUUUUUGUACUUCAGAAGAUGGAAUUGCAUCUGGCUUUGGAAGGACUGUCACUAACGACAACUUGAUGGAUGGAAAUUGCACACCCCAGAAUCCUCCACAAAAGAAAAAGGUAUCCUUAUUGGAAUACCGUAAGAGACAACGAGAAGCUAGAAAAAGCGGCUCAAAGACAGAAACCUUCCCCCUGGUUACGGUGUCUCCUCACGCUGCCGGUGGAGGAAAUCUCAGUAGUAACAAUGGUGCUAACGAUGGGUAUAACAACAGUGGUGAAAACGGGGAGCAGACUGAGAGCACGGCAAGCCUGCCUUUACCACUGCCGACUGCGGUUUAUAGCGCAGCUCCCGAAGACGGUGGCAGCAGCUCUGCAGCUAAGGAGCCCUCUUCCAGCGAGAAGAACGAACCAGAAGUUCAGUGGACUGCAUCCACCUCCGUGGAACAAGUGAGAGAACGAAGUUACCAGCGAGCUUUACUUCUCAGUGAUCAUAGGAAGGACAAGGACAGCGAACCUGAUCCUGAAAACCCAGAGCCUGCUUCUGAGUGCCCGUCCCCAGAUGCUUCACAGAAGACUUGCAAGAGUCCGUCAAAAGCAAGCAAGCCCUCCUCGCCGAGUCCCGCGGCUUCGGUGCAGUCGCUUGGGAAAACGCCCCCCAAGGCAGAGGC